AUGGUUUUUGCAGGCGGAGUGACAUCGAUGGACGAUUUCCUGCGUGAGUUCUUCCCGGCGGUGCUGCGCCGGAAGAACCAGGACAAGGAGAGCAACUACUGCAAGUACGACAACCAGGGCCUGCAGCUCUUCACCUCAUCGCUCUACCUCGCCGGCCUCACCGCCACCUUCUUCGCCUCCUACACUACCCGCCGCCUCGGCCGCCGCCUCACCAUGCUCAUCGCCGGCGUCUUCUUCAUCAUCGGCGUCAUCUUCAACGGGGCCGCCCAGAACCUCGCUAUGCUUAUCAUCGGCAGGAUCCUGCUCGGCUGCGGCGUCGGUUUCGCCAACCAGGCCGUUCCCCUGUUCCUGUCUGAGAUCGCGCCGACGAGGAUCCGCGGCGGGCUCAACAUCCUGUUCCAGUUGAACGUGACCAUCGGCAUCCUGUUCGCAAACCUGGUCAACUACGGCACCAGCAAGAUCCACCCGUGGGGCUGGCGGCUGUCGCUGUCGCUGGCUGGCAUCCCGGCGGCGAUGCUCACCCUGGGCGCGCUCUUCGUCACCGACACCCCCAACAGCCUCAUCGAGCGCGGCCACCUGGAGGAGGGCAAGGCGGUGCUCAAGCGGAUCCGCGGCACCGACAACGUGGAGCCGGAGUUCAACGAGAUCGUGGAGGCAAGCCGCAUCGCGCAGGAGGUGAAGCACCCGUUCCGGAACCUGCUCCAGCGCCGCAACCGCCCCCAGCUGGUCAUCGCCGUGCUGCUCCAGAUCUUCCAGCAGUUCACGGGGAUCAACGCCAUCAUGUUCUACGCCCCCGUGCUGUUCAACACGCUGGGGUUCAAGAGCGACGCGUCGCUCUACUCGGCGGUGAUCACGGGCGCCGUCAACGUGCUGGCCACGCUGGUGUCGGUGUACGCCGUGGACCGCGCCGGGCGGCGGGCGCUGCUGCUGGAGGCCGGCGUGCAGAUGUUCCUGUCGCAGGUGGUGAUCGCCGUGGUGCUGGGCAUCAAGGUGACGGACAAGUCGGACAACCUGGGCCACGGGUGGGCCAUCCUGGUGGUGGUCAUGGUGUGCACCUACGUGGCCUCCUUCGCCUGGUCCUGGGGCCCGCUGGGGUGGCUCAUCCCCAGCGAGACGUUCCCGCUGGAGACGCGGUCGGCGGGGCAGAGCGUGACGGUGUGCGUCAACCUGCUCUUCACCUUCCUCAUCGCGCAGGCCUUCCUCUCCAUGCUCUGCCACCUCAAGUUCGCCAUCUUCAUCUUCUUCUCGGCCUGGGUGCUCGUCAUGUCCGUCUUCGUGCUCUUCUUCCUCCCGGAGACCAAGAACGUGCCCAUCGAGGAGAUGACCGACAAGGUGUGGAAGCAGCACUGGUUCUGGAAGCGCUUCAUGGACGACGACGACCAACACCACAACAUCGCCAACGGCAAGAACGCCACCGUCUGA